CUUGUAUUGAAGAGAUUCUCCGAUGUCACAGGCAACAAGAUUGCCAAGAAUGUGCAAUAUCCUGAGUGCCUUGACAUGCAGCCAUACAUGUCUCAGCAGAACACAGGACCUCUCGUCUAUGUCCUCUAUGCUGUGCUGGUCCACGCUGGGUGGAGUUGUCACAACGGACAUUACUUCUCUUAUGUCAAAGCUCAAGAAGGCCAGUGGUAUAAAAUGGAUGAUGCCGAGGUCACCGCCUCUAGCAUCACUUCUGUCCUGACUCAACAGGCCUACGUCCUCUUUUACAUCCAGAAGAGUGAAUGGGAAAGACACAGUGAGAGUGUGUCAAGAGGCAGGGAACCAAGAGCCCUUGGCGCAGAAGACACAGACAGGCGAGCAACGCAAGGAGAGCUCAAGAGAGACCACCCCUGCCUCCAGGCCCCCGAGUUGGACGAGCACUUGGUGGAAAGAGCCACUCAGGAAAGCACCUUAGACCACUGGAAAUUCCUUCAAGAGCAAAACAAAACGAAGCCUGAGUUCAACGUCAGAAAAGUCGAAGGUACCCUGCCUCCCGACGUACUUGUGAUUCAUCAAUCAAAAUACAAGUGUGGGAUGAAGAACCAUCAUCCUGAACAGCAAAGCUCCCUGCUAAACCUCUCUUCGACGACCCCGACACAUCAGGAGUCCAUGAACACUGGCACACUCGCUUCCCUGCGAGGGAGGGCCAGGAGAUCCAAAGGGAAGAACAAACACAGCAAGAGGGCUCUGCUUGUGUGCCAGUGAUCUCAGUGGAAGUACCGACCCACACGUAGGGGUGCACACACACACGCACACACACAGACACACACAUAACUACACCCAGAAGCGCGCACGCAAACACACACACACCCACACAAACACGAACACCGUCAAUCCUACAUAAACUA